UGCAUUAGGCGCAGCGCACACCGAACUGCAAAAUGCUCGCGCAUGGUCGAGCAAACUUUUAGCGCAUGUAGAACGCAUACUCGAACAUUUACUAGAAAGCUCGAGCAUGGUCGAGCAUCAAGUUGGGACGUGUAUUCAAUUUUGAAAUGUAUGGAAUUAUCAUAAGAUUAAUUUUUCAAUGAUUUCACAAUAUGCUCUGCUCUGCUCUGCUCUUGGUGUGCGCUGAGCCUUAACGGUGCAUCAGUUGCAUAAUGCUGCGAGCGCGUUGCACAAUCCAACAAUUCACUCUCUUUGCGGCGCCGAGGCAUUGUCGCGCGCGCGUGCGCUGGGAACUUUCCCGCGUAGGCCGGGCAAAAAGCGCGGGAACUGCACCCAAACAAUAAUGGCCGACAUAACGAUCCCAAUGUUAUCUGUCGCCUACUUACCGUUUACAACAUUGCGAAUGUUCUCAUUGCUUGUCUCAACACGGCCCUCUGUCCGCGCCCGCUCCUGUGAUCCAAACCAACAUUGCUUAUAAUUAUUCCAUUCAAAAUACUACAGAGGUCAGUCCGUAUUACCCACUGCUGCUGGCGGUUGCGACACUUCCUUUGUUUUAAAAACAAAGUCAAGUAAUGCUGGUGUGAUUCACACAUUCCCGCGCCGAAUCCGAUUAAUCGCUCCAAAUGUUACUGGAAAGGAAUUUCGUUGUAUAUUAAAACCGAAUCGUAAACAAGACAACAAACAAACCACGUUCACUAACAUCUGUCAUCGCCUCAUUGCGCCGACAGCCGGCUGUAACAACGCAUCAACGUCCAAUUAUUAUGCGAUCAAGUGUGUUUUCAACAUAACGGAGAUCUAAACCAGUGCCGCAAUGCCUUAGAGCUGCGAUAUAAACUUGAAACAAGAUGGUGAACGGAAACUACAUCCUGUACGGGGACCGGCCGUCGUCGGAGACGGCGUUCGUGGAGGAUCACGUGCGCGCGUGCACGGCGGAGCGCCGGCCGCGCCGCGCCGCCCGCGGGGCCGACCGCGGCGCCGACCGCCUGCAGCCCAGCCUGGCCGCCAGCCGCCUGCAGCUGCACAACGAGACAGACUCCAUCAAAUUCGAGAAGAAAACAAAAGAGCCGAAGCUCCUCCGCUACGUGCCGACGACGGAGGUGGAGGAGAACUACGUGGACUAUGAGACUCACGACCUGAGGAACGAGGAGUACCCGAAGAGGUAUUCGUUCAAGAAGAAGCCCCGGAACCCGGCGGACGGGUCGGUGCACUACGCGCACUCGCGCAGCUCCAGCAGCUCGCCGGCCGCCAGCCUGCCGCCCAUCGCCGAGCACGCCGAGUGCGCCCCGCGCCGCGCGCCGCCCAGCCCCCCGCGCCCGCACGCCCCGCGCUUCACCCCCGCCGACUCCUCCAAGAGCUACGAAGCCAACAAGCUCGACAAGUACUUCGUGAACCCCACACGGUUUAAGCAGUUCGCGGCCAAGGUAAGUGGCCGUAAUGAGCAUCUUUAUCAACCUGAUGGUGGUAAUUUGUACGAGACGUGUUUUAAAUUGGGCUCGCACCCCGACAGCCUGUACCGCGUGGCGCCGGGCGCGGGGCGCGGGGGGCGGCUGCUCCGCCUCGCGCGGGUGCUCCGCUGGCCCGUGGCGCUGGUCACCGUGUGCGUCGCGCUCGCCGUCUUCGUCUACUUCUUGAUGCCAGAUGCGGCGGACUUCGAAGGUGAGACCGUGAACGGUACAUUCUGGGAGGCGAGUAUAGCGGGGGCUCCCUCCGCGCGCAACACCGUCGGCCCUCGCCUGGAGAAGAAACCAGCGACCCCCGCCAGAAACAAACCCACCGAGAUACCUAGAACCUCGCAUGGUACAAAAACACCCGAAGUAGACUUCUACGAUAUGGAUAGUAAUAGCAAUGUAGACAUUAACUCCCUGUUGGAAAAACUGAGGAGUAUGAAGACCAGCCCCAACAGAGAGCUGCCCGUCCAGCCCGUGUUCCCCACUCACAUCACGCCUGAAGUACAAUACGGGAACGAGAGAGCUGACACGGAAAAAAUAAGGACUCCGAAACAAAUGACUGAAGAUAACACGGUUCUUCCCCUAGACUCGACUCUCAAGCCACACAUCACGCAACACCCCGAAAAACCACUAGCCAUUUAUUUGAACGAAGAUGUGACAACGAGUAUCGAGAAUUUAACACAUGACGAAUCUAGCGUGUACACCAGACCCAAGGUCACGGAGUCGAGAGAAGAAGAAGCAGAAAUACAAACUGUUAAUUACGAAGUUACUCAAUCUAAUAAAAUAAAGCAAGUGGCUACCGAAUCCGCACCGGUACGAAGGAAGGAACACUACAACCAACUGUACAGUACAAAUGUGAAUAUGAACUUUACUUCAGGACACUCGAAAGUGUUCGGGAUCGGGAUGGAAGACGCCGCCAGCCUGAAGCCUACGACCCAAAGCACAGUGUACAACACUAAGGUGUCUCCAACACUCCCAGUGUGGCGAGACGGCGACUCCACUACCCUGAAGUACCCUGUAAACGUUCCCGAUGCAAUUCCGCAAUGUCGAUCGACAAGGCUCGGUCUGUGCCGCGGGGUUCUCCCAUACGACCUGGCAAUGAUGUCGGCCAGCUCGCCCGGAGGCGUCGACAUCAACUCGCUCUUCCCUCAGAUAGAGUUCAUGGUGGCCACCAACUGCAGUCAGAGGAUCAGUCAUUUCUUCUGCGCUUUGUUAGAGCCUGAGUGCAGCUCGCCUUCGAGCCGACCCAGGCUGCCGUGCCAGAAUCUUUGCAAAGCCGUAGCGGACAGCUGCGAAGGCGCGAUCCCUCGCGAGCUGGCCACAACGCUGGACUGCUCACGGUACCCUGCCCACGGCUGCGCGCCGAUGACGUCACCGUGCCGACCAGGGGAGGCGCAGUGCGGGGACGGGACCUGCGUGCUGCAGGACUGGGUGUGCGACGGGAAGCCCGACUGUCCAGCAGGGGAUGACGAAGCGCAGUGCGUCAGCUGUGAACGGAAUGAGUUCAGAUGCGGCGACGACACGUGCAUCCAGCAGCGCUGGGUGUGCGACGGCUACGCGGACUGCGCGGCGGGCGAGGACGAGUCUGAUGACGUGUGUUCCCGAGUCACGGGCGGAGUCUCGGGCGGGGGCGCGGGCGGAGCGGGCGAGCCGGGCGAGGAGCCGGCCGGGUCCGCGCCGGAGCCAGCAGUUCAUAGGAUCAAUGCCGUGCAUGAGGGGCUGAGGAAUGUGGAGAGCGAGAGCAGCAAGGAGCUCCUAAUGACCAGCGAUAGCACCAACGCUCUCCGUCGCAACUACACGCGCCGCCCCUCCCCCUCCCGCCUCUCUCCCUACACCCGCUCCUACCCCGUGAAGACCCCGCACGUCGACCAAUCCGACAACUCGACCGAUGCCCAGAAACAAACGACGAAAGCGGAGAAAGAAAACAAAAGACCGUCAUCGACUCGGCUGAGUCCCUACAUUCGCAACAAGACGAAAGUUGAUGAAUCAACAGAGGAAGCAAAGGUAAAGCAGCUAGAGACAACCACAAAAGCCAAGCCUGUCAUCGAGGAGCAGUUCUACAGCUCCCAUUCUUCGCCCUGCCCGGCCGGCGAGCUGCGCUGUGUGGACGGCCGCUGUAUCGCCGUCUCACAGCUCUGUGACGGAGUCGUCGACUGUCUCGACCAUGCUGAUGAAGAGAACUGCUUCACGUGAAGAAAGAAGUUGAGCUCGUUACCGUUAAGUCUUGUGUCGGGAUUUUUUAUCGCGUGUCGUAAUGGGAGAGCAUUUUAUAUGAAGCGCUGUGAGCACUUAUCCGACACCGAUUUACUAAUGCACAUCCGAUAAAAAAUCGGCCCGACAGACGACAUAGUGGGAACGGGGGGUUAAUGUUGCCAUGUCAUUCGGUGUGUUGUCUUGUUGUGUUGAAGUACUUAAAUACUUACUCCUUUUGUAAGUUGUUGUAACUUUUCAGCUUCGUUAGAAAUGUUAGUCGAAAUGU